AAUGGAGCUGCUCCUGGUGAACAAGCUCAAGUGGAACCUGGCGGCGAUGACCCCGCACGACUUCAUCGAGCACUUCCUCUCCAAGAUGCCGGAGGCCGAGGAAAACAAGCAGAUUAUCCGCAAACACGCGCAGACCUUCGUGGCCCUCUGCGCCACAGAUGUGAAGUUCAUCUCCAACCCGCCCUCCAUGGUGGCGGCUGGGAGUGUGGUGGCCGCGAUGCAGGGCCUGAACUUGGGCAGCCCCAAUACCUUCUUGUCUCACCACCGCCUCACACGCUUCCUCUCCAGGGUGAUCAAGUGUGACCCGGACUGCCUCCGGGCUUGCCAGGAGCAGAUCGAAGCCCUGCUGGAGUCCAGCCUGCGCCAGGCCCAGCAGAACUUGGACCCCAAGGCCGCGGAGGAAGAGGAGGAGGAGGAGGAGGAGGUGGACCUGGCUUGCACACCCACCGACGUGCGGGACGUGGACAUCUGAGGGGGCGGGCGGGCGCCACCGCCACCCACGGUGGGGGGAGGGCGGCCCCAAGUGCUCCCAAGGGUCCCUCUUCUCCGGGACGUUUUGCUACCAGAAGGGGACGCUUCAUUCUUCUUGUUGUUGCUGGGUUUUUUUUUUUUUCCUUUUGCUCUUUCUUCUUUCUGUCUCUGACUUCAGCAAAAGAAAAAAAUUACCCAAAAAGUCUUUUUAAAAAAAAAAAGAGAGAGAGAGA